GGGAUCAUCUAUGACACUAACUUUGAUGUAACACUGAACCAGAUUUGCCCAAGUUCUAUUGGCCUUAAGAUUUCUAUAGAAGCUGGACCUGGGUCCUUUAUCAUACCGUACACUGUGAUACCAAUCACCUUCACCAGCUGUGAUUAUGGCUCACCAGGAAUUGACUGCCCUACUGUUACUGUCCCACCAAAUCUCGAUCUUUGCCAGUCCAUG